AUGAAUUGUUUGAAAUGCAUUAAAAAAUGCUAUAAAAACAUCAAAUAAAAAUUUGCCAAUUAGGAUUCUUCAUUUUAACUUUCAACUUAAAAUAGUCAAAUAAGAGGAAAAAAGACACUUGUUUUAGAUUUAGAUGAAACAUUAGUGCAUUGUGAAUUUAAAGAAAACAAAAAUUUUCAUUAUGAAAUAAUUUUAGAUGUAGAGCAUAGAGGAGUUCUUUAUAAAGUUUAUUUAUGUAAAAGACCUUAUUUAAGGGAGUUUCUCUAAUAAAUGAGUCUUUUUUAUGAAAUUAUAAUAUUCACUGCUGGCUAUGAAUCAUAUUGUGAUAAAGUCUUAAAAUAUAUUGAUGUAGAUAGACAUAUUUCUGAUUAUUUUGCAAGAUCAAAUUGUAGAUUUGUUAAUGGAAUUUGCUUAAAAGACUUAACAAUAUUGGAUAGACCAUUAGAUUAAUUAAUUUUCAUUGAUGUAAGUAUCUAAGUCCAUCUUAAUUGUAGAAUAAUCCUAAUGCAUUUGAUAUGUAGCCAGAAAAUGGAUUAUUAAUACCUUCAUUUUUAGAUUCUGAUGAAGAUAAAUGUCUUUUAAAGUUGAUUCCAUUUUUAAAAUAAAUGGCUAUUAAAUCUAAACUAAUUCCAGUUUCUUCUUUCUUAUAAGAUUAUGAAUCAAUUCAUGGAGCAAUAUUUAGUGAUACUUAAAUAACUUUAUAAUGUUAAGCAGAUAGAGAUGAAUGCAGUUUAAGUGAAGAAAGUGUUGUUAUUCUAGAAAAUGAUCCAAAACAUAGGAAAACUCAAACAACUUAAUAAUAAUAGAAAUAAGCUAUUAAGAUCUUAGAAUAUCGAAGUUAAACUCUUUUUUCUGGUUGA